AACGCAGGCGACGCGUGUCGGGGGGGGCUCUAGAGGGAGUCACGUGUACGGGUUCCCGCGGGCGGCAGUUGCCCGUCACGUGACUUGGCAAGAUGGCGGCUCCCACGGAAGGGACCGAUCUGGAAGCCUCCCUGUUCAGCUUUGAGAAGCUGGACCGAGCAUCUCCAGACUUGUGGCCGGAGCAGCUACCAGGUGUUGCUGAAUUUGCUGCUUCCUUCAAAAGUCCUAUCACCAAUUCUCCUCCCAAAUGGAUGGCUGAACUAGAAAAUGAUGAUAUUGAUAUGUUAAAGGAGCUGGGGAGCCUUACCACAGCAAACCUGAUGGAGAAGGUUCGAGGCCUGCAGAACCUGGCUUAUCAGCUAGGACUGGAUGAAUCUAGAGAAAUGACUCGAGGGAAGUUCCUGAACAUCCUGGAGAAACCCAAGAAGUAACUGCUGUUACUGGAAUUCAGGCAAAAAUAUCCCUGUCUGGAUCAUCUCACCUCUCACUGCAGAUCCAGCUGAACACUAUGAUUUCCUAAAGAGAAGGAUAAAGCUCUUGGCUCUAGAGCUACAGAAGCAAACCUCUUUACUGCUUCCACAGCUCUUCUCCUUACUGACGAGCAGCAUUCCAGACAUGCUCACAAUGAUUGCCAGUAGUUCCAUCAGCACUGAGACUUCAUCCAACCUUUUCGGCACCUGAUUGCCAGGAAAACUCAAUCCUAGCAUGCUGUGGCAAAGUUGUGCAGCAGUCUUUCUAUAAACCAUUCAAAGCAGUACAUCCCCAGUGGCCUCACUCAGUUCCUCUCAGUGGUGGCAUCUAUUAAACCAGGGCCUUUGUGAUGCUGGCCGGUACCUCUGGGUGAUGCAUUGACACUUGCAUGUGUCUCUCUUGCCUUAGGAACAGUGAUUCCAUGUGUGUAAUUUCCAUGCUGAAAGCACCAUUGCAGUACUAUAAGCAGGGUUCUGGAUGAAGACUGACAGUCCUGGGAUUGGUUAGUCCUGGAUCUGCACACUCGUACCCUGCUUACAAGACAUUACUCACACCCUUCAGAGGAGGAUGUCCUGCAAUCAAGCGAAGUCCUUCAGUCCUGUCUGUACUAUUCUGCUCUUCAUUCCACAAAUACUUGCAUCAGGUGCUAUGUGCACAGGGAGCUCCAUCUCGAUGCUAAACAUUUGUGUGUGCUCUUGUUAAACCUAGACCAAUGAACCAUAGGCAGUGAAUGAGAAAAGGUGGCUAUUACUGUAUCAUGAAAGAAAAUAUCCCUGUGGGAACUUCUGCCAGGACACAAACAGAUCUAUCAGCCCACUUUGCAAAUCCAACUCAGUGAGAGUCCGGCUGAGGUACUGGAGGAAGAUACAGGGUUGAAGGGCAAUAAUGUUUUCAAUUAUAGAGAGCUUCAAGAUGGAGCGACUGUCUUGUUCACACCCCCGUGGGGAUAAUCUUCAUAAACAGCAUCUGCAUGCUUACACUUGAAAAUAGAAUUCUGAUGUUUUCCCACAUUAUUAGAAAACAGCAGCCCCGGAACUUGCUUCACCCGCAAAUGUAGAAUGUGCACCCCAUUGAGGGGGAGAAUUGUACUGUAAACUAGUAUUCUCCUGUACAGAUUGGGUCUCAUUCAUCUGGUACUGGAGUACUUUUUAGUGCCUUGAGGCCCAUCUGGUACUGGAGUACCUUUUAGUGCCUUUCCUCUUUUAACAUGCUGCUGUGUAUCAGUCCUGCGUGUUCAGAUUUUAUUUUUCUCCAUAAGGUUGACACAGCUCUUAUUUCACUGUUUUCUUUUGCCCAGUAAAAUUAUGUAUUCUAGAGUUAACAAACUGGUUGUUCCUCGGGGCUAAAAAAUAGUACUAAAGUGUUGGUCCAAGAGCAGUUUUUUCUCUUUGUUUAAACAGUUUCAUACACAUUUUAGCAUGUGUGUCCUUUAAAUUUAGUUAUUCCCCAAUUUGCAGUUGGCUGUGAGGUGUGAAUUGAAUCGGGGCUGUACUUGUACAACAUCAUAUUAAUGGACUGUCCUUGAAGCAUCCUAUUCUUCUGUCUUGGGGCGGACUCUGAUUUUAGGCUCUGUGUGCAUUAGAGAGGAGCAGACUUCUGAUUUUUUACUAAAAUUUUUGAAGUCUUUCCAUCUUCAGUCUGUGGGUGCCUCCAUUUUGUCAACCAGAACUAGGCUAAAUUGGGAAAGCUCCUCUUCACUAAGCUUGCACAAUUAAGACCAUGUUCUGCAAAGACUUACUCAAGUGCUUAACUUUGAGCAUGGGGCUGUACUUGUAUGCUUGUCUUUGGAGAAUUGAGGCUUAACAAAGCACCUGCAUCUCUUGAAAGGAGGGGCAAUAGGAUAGUAGGAGAUGCAGAGAAGCUGAGAGUGGGGAGUCAGAGACAGGGAAGGGACUUGCUUAGUUGCUGGUCAGAAUGGCCAUAGAUGUAGCUUUGAAAGUAUUAAUUUAACUUAUAUGUUUGUUGAAAAAUAUUAACAUUUGUAUGUCUAGUUUGGAUGUGUUCUGUAUAUAUAGAAUGUGUGGCCCAAAAGUGACUGUUGUGAAUUUUGGUCCUUUUUUGCAUGUUAUGGAGGUCUGCCACUCCAAUGCAUGAGGUGUUUGGGAAGCUGAGAAGUAUAGAUGUAGACCUCGGAAGUUUGCCACGAAUCUGCAUGUCUAUUUUAUGAUCUGGCUGGUAAAAUAUCUCAAACUUCAAGUAGUUGGUACCAUAGCAUGUAAAAAAUCCUUUCUUCUACUCUCACCCUGUGCAGCAGUACUUAUCUUCUAACUACGGGCAGCAUGUGAUAUAUGCCUUAGAUUCAAGAUAUUUAUUGGUUGUGUACUUGUCAUGUAUAGAGAUAAUCAGUGUUGUUUUUUUUUAUUGGUAGUAUUUACAUGUAUUUUUGUGUGUUAGAAGAUUGUAAUCUGUCUGUCUGUUGCUCUGUGUUCUUAUAAUAAACAAGUGCAAAGCUUA